CGAGAGAGCUAUGCAAGCUGUACUCCAGAGAUUGCAUUGCACCCCCUUCUCCAGUGGCCGGAAGCGGGAUGUGAUGUAAAAAUCACAUUGAAACUUUUUUUUCCCCUCUUCUUGAGUGUGCACAUCUCCCGAUGUAUUGUAAAACAACGAGGAAGACCACUUUACUUGAAUAUUUUCCGACUUUUCCAACUGGGUUUCGUACCUCGAUGCUGCGUCGACUCAGAUAAACCACUGUAGGACUCCCGUCAAGAUCCCCAAAAACAGAGAUGUAGUCUCUGUCCAAGUCUGCUCGCAGACAUCCAAGGCUCACCAUGCUGUUUACCCUGCUCCUGGUCUUGCAGUCCAGUGCCAAUGCUCAGAUAGAUCCAGCACACUGCCGAUACCCUCUUGGGAUGGAGGAUGGCAGGAUCAGAGAUGAUGACAUCACUGCCUCCAGCCAAUGGUAUGAUACCACUGGACCACAGUUUGCAAGGUUGAAUCGGGAGGAAGGGGACGGUGCGUGGUGCCCGGCGGGCCAGCUGCAGCCCUCAGACGUCCAGUACCUGCAGCUGGACCUGCGCCAGCUGACCUUCCUGACGGUGGUGGGCACGCAGGGCCGCUACGCCCGCAGCUCGGGCAAGGAGUUCGCCCGCUACUACCGCAUCGACUACAGCCGCGACGGACAUCACUGGAUCUCCUGGAAGAACCGCCUCGGCAGCAAGGUGAUGAAGGGCAACGAUAAUUCCUACACCUCUGUGAUCAAGGACCUGCACCCCCCCAUCGUGGCGCGCUACAUACGCGUCAUCCCCGUCACCACUGUGUCCACCACUGUGUGUAUGAGAGUGGAGCUCUACGGAUGCCCAUGGACUGAUGGCCUGACGUCCUACAGUGCCCCUGAGGGACAGGUGAUGAUGGCACCUGGCUACUCCGUCGCUACGCUGAAUGACUCCACUUAUGAUGGAGUGUUUGAGCGCAGAAAGCUGAGUGGCGGUCUGGGGCAGCUGACGGAUGGCGUGAUUGGCCAAGAUGACUUCCUGUCCACGCGGCAGCUGUACGUGUGGCCCGGCUACGACUAUGUGGGCUGGAAGAACGACAGCCUGGGCCCCGGCUACGUGGAGAUGGAGUUUGUGUUCGACCGGCAGAGGAACUUCACCUCCAUGAAGGUGCACAGUAACAACAUGUUCUCUCGUGGCGUGAAGAUCUUCUCGGCGGUCGAGUGCUGGUUUAAGCCCCGCCUCAUUGCCGACUGGGAGGCCGAGCCGGAGGAGUUCCGCACAGUUCUGGACGACCGGAACCCGAGCGCCCGCUAUGUCACGGUGCCGCUAGGCCGGCGGUUGGCCAAGGCUAUCCGCUGCCGAUUCCACUUCGCCGAUACCUGGAUGAUGUUCAGCGAAAUCUCCUUCCACUCUGCUCAUAACAUGAUCCUCACCCAGACCACUGCUAUGACGCCUGCCUGGCCCAAGACAUCCAGCUCCCAGCCCACCACACUGGGAACUGGUACAGCCAUAACAACGUGGAAGCCAGAGGUGCCUGAGGACAGCAGCACCUCCAUUUUGAUAGGUUGCCUGGUAACCAUCAUCCUGCUGCUGGUGGUCAUCAUUGUGCUGAUCCUGUGGUGCCAGUAUGUCUGCAAGGUCCUGGAGAAGGCCCCGCGGCGUAUCCUGGAGGAGGAGGUGACGGUGCGCCUGUCGUCCUGCAGCGACACCAUCAUCCUGCAGACGCCCCCCGUGCCCCCCCGCGUCGCCUCCCAGCCCGACCCCCCCCACUAUGAGCGCGUCUUCCUGCUCGACCCCCAGUACCAGGAUCCCGCCGCCCUCAGGAAGCUGCCCGAGGUCUCGCAGAGUGCUGAGGACUCAGUCCUAGGAGGUGGCUACGCGGAGCCCGAUGUGACCCAGUGCACGCCACACCAGUGUUUCCAGAGCAGCGUACCACACUACGCCGAAACGGACAUCGUGAGCCUGCAGGGCGUGACGGGCAGCAACAUGUACGCCGUGCCCGCCCUCACCGUCGACUCGCUCACGCGCAAGGACAUCUCCGUGGCCGAGUUCCCCCGCGAGCAGCUGAUCUUCCGAGAGAAGCUCGGAGAGGGACAGUUUGGAGAGGUGCACCUGUGUGAGGCGGAGGGUCUUCUGGAGUUCCUGGGCGAGGCUGCUCCUCUGCCCGAGAUGGACGACAGACCCGUCAUGGUGGCUGUGAAGCAGCUGAGGGCUGAUGCCACCAGCACCGCCAGGAAUGACUUCCUGAAGGAGAUAAAGAUCAUGUCUCGGCUUAACGACCCCAACAUCAUCCAGCUGCUGUGCGUGUGCGUGAGCUCGGACCCGCUGUGCAUGGUGACGGAGUACAUGGAGAACGGAGACCUCAACAUGUUCCUGUCGCAGAGGGAGAUGGAGAGCACGCUAACCCACGCCAAUAACAUACCCUCCGUCAGCAUGUCGGACCUGCUGCACAUGUCGGUGCAGAUCGCGUCAGGCAUGAAGUACCUGGCCUCGCUGAACUUCGUGCAUCGCGACCUGGCCACGCGCAACUGCCUGCUCGACCGGCGACUCACCAUCAAGAUCGCCGACUUCGGCAUGAGCCGCAAUCUUUACAGCAGCGACUACUACCGCAUCCAGGGCCGAGCUGUGCUGCCCAUACGCUGGAUGGCCUGGGAGAGCAUCCUACUGGGGAAGUUCACCACGACCAGUGACGUUUGGGCGUUUGGUGUGACCCUCUGGGAGAUCUUCACUCUGUGCAAGGAACAGCCAUACAGCCUUCUGUCUGACGAACAGGUCAUCGAAAACACUGGCGAGUUCUUCAGAAACCAAGGAAGACAGAUAUUCCUGUCCGCCCCGCCACUCUGCCCGGCCUCUCUGUUCGAGCUGAUGAUGCGCUGCUGGAGCCGGGACAUCAGCGACAGGCCGUCCUUUAACUGCAUCUACCAGGCCAUGCGACCGCAGGCCAACCCGUGAACCAACCACAGGAAGUCCAUCUGCCAUCUGAUUGCCUGAUUUCCUGUGGAGGGGUGGGUCUGGGCAUGAGCCCUGAGUCCAAGUCUGAAUGUCUCUCUUGCAACGCCCUGUGGAGGAAGGGAGACCCGGAGACGAGAUGAUCCAGCAUUGAUGUAGCCUCUCCAGCAGCACGAGAGGAUGGGACGUGCAGGAGAAAAAAAAUCCUUGACGAGUCGAGUGACGUCGUUUUUUUUGGCAUUUCAGCAAGCAACAAACAAACAAACUUAACUAACUUGAAGUCAACUGCCUGUGGUGACUGUCUUGUGUUGUUGAUGCUUAAAUCCAAAGACACUUGAGUUAAAUGUGUUGUUGUUGUUUUUUAAUUGUCUGUCUUUGUUACGUGUCCCCUAAUAGUAGUAGAUUGUUUUUUUUUCACAUCUAAAUGUUACAUCUGAAACAUUUCAAUGUAUUCCAAAAGAGAGAAGAGGGAUGAAUGAGAUGGCGAAAGAAAAGACUGAUUGAUAGCGAGAUUGAAAGGUUAAGAACCAACAACUGGAGGAGUGUUUUUUUAUAAGGGCCUAUGGUUGUAAAAUGUGGAGCACUGCUGUGAUUCUUUUUGUCUUUCUUUAUUUUGCUUCUUCUUCUUAACCCCCCACACUGGAUUAUGAUUUAUGAAUAAUCUGUCAAUGUUUUAUAGUAUACGUGUGUGUUGCUGUUGUUUUUUUGUGUAAUUUUCUGAAUAUGAAUGUUAUGCAGGUUAAUUUGGAUGAGGCUAUAGGAAAGUGGGUAGUCUAUGCCUCUAGCACCAGCUGAACUACUGUCAUGGUUUAGAAGUUAGAACCCUGGUGGAGGAUUCUAAAGGGUUCUAGAGCCACAAUGGACUGAUGUGCAAUGGAAUGCACUGUCUCUUUCUCCCCCCCCCAUUUUGAAUCGACUGCAUUAUGGGCUGUAUGAACCCCCCACAACUCACCACUUUCACCCACCCACACACAUACAGAGGUGUCAUUGUCUCUGCUAUCUCGUUAUCCACUCGUGCACCACACAUCGUACUUCAUUCUUAUCCACAUUCAUGGUAGACAUCCGGUAUCUUUGCACCAUCUGUUGGCGUUGUGAGAAAUUCACCAGCAACAUGUAGUAUGUAGGCCUAUGUCCUUGCCACCAGCAAUUUUGUUCAUUCACUGUGCUUUUGAGUUUAUAACAUUUCGGUCUGUGAAAAAAACAUACACAAACCAAAGCUAACAAACAAGCAUGUGAUUAGCUUUAGUUUUAUUUAUAGCGGACAGGAUGUUCAAGAGGACUGACUGACUGACUGACUGACUGACAGCAUCUAUGGUGCUGUCUGCAUGGUUUUCAUAUGGCCCAUAUAGUAGUUUUUGUUUUAAGGGGGUCUUGGUCUAGUAGGUCUACCCCUUUUUGAAAGGCACAUGGUUUUGGGGGGGUUAUUGACAAGUUAAAGCACAUAUUACUUUACAUGGUUAUUCCCCUGUAUGUUAUAAUUCCCCGUUUCACUACAGGAGCUAAUACAAGUGUUUGUUUAUGUCUAGUGUUUUGUCUAAAUGUGCCAAAUUCAAUUAUGAUGAGCCCUUUUUUUAAAGAAAAAAAAAGGUUGGAAAUGAUAUUUUUCAACACGUGUGAGGCUCCAUCAAAGAUCAAGAUCAAAGAUCAAAACCUUUUUCUUUCAUUUGUUGUUGUGUUUUUAACAUGUCAUCUGUACCGUAAUGUAAUGUUUUAUAGUAUUUUUUUUGUUACUGUAUGUAAUUUUGCUGUCAUAAGGUACAAAAGAUGUUGUAAGGGCAGAGGUGUCGAUCCAGGAAGUAAAAACCCCACCACAAAUUUGAUCCAACAAGCUCGAUCAUAAUGAGCAAGACAGGUAAACUACGUAGGAACUCAGUGAAGCCACCUGUGCUGGAAGGAAACUGUGGCCUGGGUUUUCACUUCUGGACUGGAUUUUGGCACCUCUGCUGCGGGGGCACGACGUGGGCUGGAAGGCAAUUUACUUCCUCCUGUCCUUUCCUGUGGCCAAUGGCUUCUUGCCUCAACAUUAUAACAGUAUAAACAUUAUUACAUCACAUCACAUUACAUUACAUUACAUGACACUUAUGUUGACGCUUUUUAUCCAAAGCAACUUAAAGUCAUUUACACAGGGUAUUGGUUACUGUAGAGCCCUAGAGCCAUACGGGGGUUAGGUGCCUUGCUCAAGGGCACCUCAGCCAUGGAGUGUGGUAGGCAGUGGAAGGAUGGGAUUUGAGACCUGCAACUCUUUAAAGCCCAUGUCUUAAACCAUCCGGCCACAACUGCCCCCACAUUUAGGAUUCCCCGCUGUCAACCAGCGCAGAACGACUUUUUGGGGGCCUUUCACCCAUUCCACAUCUCAAUCGUAAAUGAGAGAAUGGACUUUGAAUUAUGUCUUUUGCAAGAUAUUGAACAUAAACUAAGAUGAUCGAUGACGUCAAAGUCUCAUGUCACGAGGGUGUAGGCCACAAGAAAGGAUUGGAGGAACUAGAUUGACCUGCAGCCGCCUGCGGUGUAACUAUCUGGAAUGGUCGAAGCAUUGAAGCAUUCCUCAAAGGCUCUGGGACCUAGGAUGGGCUGAGAGGCAGAGAAGGGUCAAGGAUAUAGUGUGUGUGUGUGUGUGUGUGUGUGUGUGUGUGUGUGUGUGUGUGUGUGUGUGUGUGUGUGUGUGUGUGUGUGUGUGUGUGUGUGUAGGCUAUCACAUUUCCUCACCCAGAAAAAUCACGAUGGACUGUAUGCUGAAUGGAUGAAGCAGAGUUUGGGUGUGUGUCUCUGCAUGCUUAUGUAUGCUUAAGUGUGUGUGCGUGUGCAUGUGUGUGAUGCCUGGCGUUGCAUUCCAACCAGCGAACCUCAGGGCCAGGUCCACUUCUGCCAAUAGAGUGCGGUAGCCAGGUCAACUAGCCCCUCCCACUUCCCUUCAUUUUGCACAACAAGUCUGGUCUGGUUGCGGAUCCAUUGCAUAAGGUUUUCUCGGGCAGAAUUAGCCGCUUUUUUUGCUGUGAUGUUAAACAAGCUCUGGGGUGUGUUUCUUGAAAGCAUAGUUAGCAACUUGGGUAGUUGCCAAUGGGAAAUUGCAUUGCAAACAACAAAGUAGCUAACAUAGUUAGCAACUAUGGUUUAGAGAAAUGCACCCCUGUUUUGAAGUGAAGCAGGUGCAUACGACUGCCGGUUUCAGGCAGAAUAAAAUGCCCUAUGUAGUAUGUACUGUAUAUGUCUAUGCCACCUGAUGCAACUUGUAUUACACCUGCUUGGAAUGCAUUGAAUCCAAUGUGUCUGACGUCACAUGAAAAAGGCCCAUUUUGCCUAACCAAUCUGUAGACAGACAGUUUUUAUUAUGAGAAAUCACCUGUAUGCUAUGUGCAUUUCAUUUGGCAGUGCAUAACCAGGCUGAGAACAUGCCAUUCAUUAGUGAUUUCAGAAAGACAGAUCUAAUUGUUUUAACGACUUCUGGCUUCAUGUGGGUUUUUUUAGGUUCUUGACUUAACUACUUGACAUGUCUCGAAAUCUGCCACCCUUGUGUCUUUGUUAAUUUCUCAAUGCACACUGAGGUGUAUGAACUGUACUGUACAAACACAGUCAUUAUUACAUUAAACGGUAGUGGAAUAUGUCCCUCCACAAAGAAAGCCAGACCCUAUGUGCCAAUGAUGGGCUAUCUGGAUUCAGAACUUACAACCCAGCCAGUGCCACAUAUUCCAAACGACCUGGCUUUACCUGCCCAAUUCAAACAGGUGAUUGGCUGAUUCAGGAUAAUCACCUCGUUGAAUUUAACAUGUAAAACCAGGUAGUCUGGAAUAUGUGGCACUGGCUAGUAAGAUGUUAUUCCACAUUGCCCAUCGCUGCCUUGUGCAAAAUGAAGUUUGGCCUGAAGGGGGUGCUGGUGAAUCCAGCUAUGCAGUGCACCAUCCCAGGGUCCCAGUUGCGUUUGCUGAAAUGAGCCUGUGGUCUUCUCUGUUAUCACUGAGUAGAUACAUUUUCCCCUUUUUUUCUCUGAUUCUCAUGUUUUGUUUUCCGCAUUUUUCCCCCUAAUUUUUUUCUUUUUUGUGUUCUCUGUUUUGAAUAAGUGUUCUGGGAGUGUGUUUGAAAUCAUUAGCAUGUUGGUAUGUGUGUUGUAUGUGUGUGUGUGCGUGUGUGUGUGUGUGCAUGCGUUCCUCUGUGUGUGUGUGUGUGUGUGUGUGUGUGUGUGUGUGUGUGUGUGUGUGUGUGUGUGUGUGUGUGUGUGUGUGUGUGUGUGUGUGUGUGUGUGUGUGUGUGAGUGUGAGUGUGAGUGUGUGUGUGAGAGAGAGUUAGAGGCUUUAGGCAUGGAUAUGCUUCAGAGUGAAAAUGGUUAUUAUCAGUAUGUGUAGUGCCAAAACAUGCAGCUCUCUAGUUUGCAUCUAGAAUAAUUUGAGUGGUAGCGCAUUGCUAAAAUUAUUUAGAUUUGGAAUAAAAAUAUGCCUCAUGAAUAGCAUGCAGUUGUUUCUUCAGUUGUAAAUGUGGCAAAGUGUGAAUCUGUGUGAAAAGAGGAUGUGUCUGAAAUUUGUUUUAAGUGACUGGUCUCUUCAUUACCACACCUUUCUUUUCUUUUCUUUUCUUUCGCUAAUCCUAUCCCUGUGCUCUUGUAGGAUGUAUGUGACUCUCAUGUACAUAGUGUAGUCAGAAUAGAUGUACAGUAAUAUAUUGGGAUCUAAGGAGGUCAUUCUUGCACCAAUAUGUAACCCUCUUUGUGUGUUUCUCAUUCUCCUUUUUUCCUAUAAUAAAAACUAAACUUUGUACUUUUGGCGGAGUGUUUUGUGUUG